UGUAACUUGCGUCUGUGGAGAUGGCAGAGCAGGAGCCGACGGCAGAGCAGCUGGCCCAGAUUGCAGCUGAGAAUGAGGAGGAUGAGCACUCAGUCAACUACAAGCCACCUGCCCAGAAGAGCAUCCAGGAGAUCCAGGAGCUGGACAAGGAUGAUGAGAGUCUGCGCAAGUACAAGGAGGCGCUGCUUGGUGCUGUCACUGUGACUGCAGAUCCUAAUGCUCCAAACGUGGUGGUGACCAAACUAACUUUGGUCUGUGCUACUGCUCCUGGCCCUCUGGAACUGGACCUGACAGGUGACCUGGAGAGCUACAAAAAGCAAGCGUUUGUGCUGAAAGAGGGUGUGGAAUACCGGAUAAAAAUCUCCUUUAGGGUGAACAGGGAGAUUGUGUCAGGGUUGAAGUAUAUUCAGCACACGUUCCGAAAAGGAGUGAAAAUUGACAAGACUGAAUACAUGGUUGGGAGCUAUGGCCCUCGAGCAGAGGAGUACGAGUUUCUGACCCCCAUGGAAGAAGCUCCUAAGGGCAUGCUGGCCCGGGGCAGCUACAACAUCAAAUCCAAAUUCACAGACGAUGAUAAGACUGACCACCUGUCCUGGGAGUGGAACCUGACCAUUAAGAAGGAUUGGAAGGACUAGCCCUUCCCAAGGCCAAUCCCGAGAGAGCGCGAAUCAGACAGUGGCUACCGUAGAAACCCCUCCCUGUACCAAAGUGCUGACAUUGGAACCCCCUUCCUUUUCGCUCCCCCCUCCCCAUUUUAAGUUGUCCAGAGAGCUCAGUUUUGUAAUGUGCCCCCUCCCCAGAGAAUCACUGAGUAGAAUUGACCAAACCAUGCUGUCUGCAUCUGACCUCCAGCUGCCCGUCCCAGGGCCAUGAUGUCCCAGCACAGAGGUGGGAGCGCUUGCUCCUCUCCCUGGCCCUUUGCUGCUUCUCACCUUCCUUUAUUCUGGUAGGUGCUGAAGGGGAGAGACUCCUGUGCAGGAAGCAGAUCAGAGGCUGUUCUUAACUUUCCUGUGCACAGCUCAGGGUAGCUAUUGCCUCCCAAGUGGCUGAGGAACUUUGAUGCCAGGCAGCCGUUGAAUCUGUUUGUUGGCUAAAAUCAUGUCUGGCCUUGCCCCUGCCAUCCAGUCAGUGUCCUGGGAACACUGGCAGCUUCAUUUGUGGAUGUUCCCUGUAACCAUGAUGCCUUAAUGUGUAACAUGUAUCCUCUAGGGAGGGGGCCCUGCCCUUGUUACACUUUUUAAAUGCCCCCCACCUGCCCCGAGUUUGUUGGCAUGGCACUCACCUCGGUCACUCCCCUCCUGGGUUAUUAGGAAUGAUUCACAACUUCCCGCUUUGCUGCUGGUCCAUUCUUCACCCGAGACUGGACAUCUCCAAAGGGGAGGGUGAUGUGCCAUCCUGGGUGACACCCAACCCCUUCCCCAAGCCAUCCCUCCAGUGUCCAGAGAGCUGGCCUGGCAGAACCCCUAGCCCUGUUUAUGUAGAGCUCCGAACUCUCUGGGCAGCCCCAGCGCCUCCAAGGCACAGAGGGGGUUGCAAGGCAGGUAGGUGCAGGAGUCACUAGUGUUGCCAUCACCUCAGAUUUCUCAUUGCAGCCUAAGUAGCUGCAAAGCGCUGAAAUACCAGGGCAGCACCUGCCCUCCUCGCUCUCUUGGGCUGAGGAUGGACUAGUUUGUUUCUGCAGCUGUUCUCCUGAUGUGAUCAACAAAGAGCUUG